GUCCCGCCCACCGCUAAAGUCUGAGAAGUGAAAGUAAAAAGUUCGUCUAACAGGACCGUGUUUUUCCCAGAUAUGAAGACGGGAUUAACCAUUUUCCUUUUUCUGUACGGAGUUCUGUUCAUCUGUGACGGGCUCCAUGUAAUAGGACCCUCUGGCCCUCUGAUUGUGAAGCUGGGGGGCUCAGUGAUGCUGCCCUGUUAUGUUGAAGCCACCAUAUCACUGGAAGAGCUGGAAGUGGAGUGGAAGAGAACAGACUCUGAAACCUUAGUACAUUUAUUCCAAGAUGGAGAAAGUCGACCAGAGGCUCAGAACCAGAAUUACAGUGGAAGAGCCAGUUUCUUUACUGAGGAGGUCAAGCGUGGAAACUUCUCUCUCCUCCUCACAAAUCUGACCACUGAAGAUCUGGGAGUUUACAACUGUUCUGUUUACAGAGAACAGGAAACUGGUCAAACAUUGGUUAAAAUUGAGAUUGAGCAUUUGAUUGUUACUGGAGGUCAUGUCGUAUCUGCAUAUGUUGGUGAGGAUAUCACUAUGCAUUGUUCUGUGGACUCCCAUAUCCCAUCUGAAAAGCUUGAAGAUGUCUCAUGGAAGACAGUGGAUCAACAGAUUCCAGUGCUGUUCUUCGAAAAGGGUGAGGUCCGGACUGAAUCAACCUCAGAGAAAUACAGAGACAGAGUCGAGUUCUUCAGCCCUGAAGAAAGGCAGAAAGGAAACUUCUCUCUUAGAUUAAAGGAUCUCCGAACUGAGGACAAAGGCCAUUACAUAUGUGAAGUGUCCUCUGGGGACUUUUCAGCUAACACAACUGUUAAAGUGCUGCAGCUGGGUUUUUCCAGUAUGCACAUUGGGAUAUUGUGUCUCUGUAUACUGGCAUUGUUUCUCUGUGCACUGGCAGUUUGGCCAGCCAACCAUAAUACUUCUUUAGGACCUAAAGUUGGCAACAACAACAGCAGAAAGACCUUAGCGAUACGGUACGAACUUGUCUUUUGUCCGAACAUUGCUGUGUUCCUUGCCUUCAUCUUUUGGGGUGCCACUGAAGGGUUCAUCACUGAGGCGGCUACCUGCUCAGCCCUUAACCUGCUACGGAUUCUUUCCCUGUUGUGGAUUGCUCCCUAUUUGGAUGCAUUUCAAGGGUUCUCCACUGAGACUGCUGCUCGCUUGGCCCAAAAGAUUCUUUCCCUGUUUCAGGUUUCUCAGUAUUUGAUUACAAUUAAAGAGAGCGUCCGAAGAUUUGUUAAAAGAUCAACAGUUGCGCUGGAAUAUGCUGUGGUAGCUACUGUAACCUACUCAAGUCUUUUUGGGAAUUUCAGUUCUGCUGACAAAGUAUCACAAGCAUGGAUAGGGGUGCUGUUCAUAAUACUGCCUCUGUUUUUCAUAAAUAUCAUCAUUCAAGGACUCAUUAAAAGGUUCAGUGAAACAUACAGCAUUUGGAAUUACGGUUUCGCAGAAGUUACAAAUUUUGGACGGAUGGCUGCUAUUGGUUUCUUAGGUGUUCAGUAUAAAACACUUAGUACAGUUAUAGCACUCCUGCCAUAUCUGCCCCUGUUUUUAAUCUUUUUGCAGAUUUCAGUCCUAAAAGCAGUUUUAUCCCAUUCUUACGGCAUCAGGACAUGGCGAUCACUGUUUUUGAUCUGGAUGUUAUUGCUGUUAAUCUUGGAGGUUCUAAACGCAUCACUGUCAGUCUACAUUCAUAAUGUUAUACUGGAAUCUAACGACGCUUUGAACAAAUGGACUGAAACAACGGAGAAGCUGAACGAACGUGCAGUGCGGACCUGUGUAGCUGCAUACCUCUACAUUUUGACUUUGAUGCUACUCCUUGAAUAUCUGUUCAGUUUUUGUGCCCGCCUCUACACAGGGUCUAAUUCUGACAGCCCCAAGAGACCACAAUCAACGAGUAAGUCCACUAUGCACUAA